AUGGAAGAACACGCCGCGCUUCAGCAGCCGCACACAACGGGUAUCCCCAUAGGCAAAACAACAAGCCCCAUCUCAGCUAUUGUUCAGAAUUGUCUCAGGCGGCUUGGCCAUAUCAUCACAUCCCAUCGACUCGAUGAAUAUAAAUCACAGGUCUUACCAGAGCUAUGGUCGGACGAACUAGGUCGGUUGCGAGUUUGGACGGCAAACCUGGGAGCGCACCAGACAGGCCAGUCGUCGCUGGACUACCGACUGCGCGAGGCAUCGCACCUGAAAAGCCAGAUCCUCCGAGUCCUCGGUCGUCUUCAGCGAACGAUUCAAGAUCUGGAAAGCCUCCCGCAGGAACCAGACGCACUGGAGGAAUUCUCAAGCGAAUCGGAGGACAGCGAAGAUGAGGGCCAGACCUUCAUCCAGAAGAUAUACCAUUCCUUGCACGACACUAUAAACAUACUUUUCGAAAAUGCGAUGUCAAUACGAAGACCUGCUCAGCAUGACAGAAUAAUCGGAGUCAAACGGUCGGAAACCGCCGGCUUUGAACAAUGGGACAGACAGCACGUCGCGGAUAAGUUUCCCCAGCUGCAACACGAUAUUCGAGAUCGACUGGGGCUAGCAAUAUCCCAGCGCCGAGCCACGCUCAAGUAUCGCGAACGGCAUCACCUCAAGCUCGCACAGGGGCUGGACUCGGUGGAAGACACGUCGCUAUCGGAAACAGUUGCUACAAAGUUGAUCAUGAGCCGCGCCGAAGAUGAUAACUUUGAGCUACAGUCUACUGCUUCACAGACCUCUUAUGCGCAAACUAUCAUGAAUGGGGGAGAAGGUAUGGUUGUACCGCCUCCUCCUAAAGGGAGCCUGGAUGGAAAGCCUUUCAACUGCCCCUACUGCUUUCUUCUCAUCAAAGUUAAAGACAGGCGCUCCUGGACACAGCAUGUUUUCCACGAUCUGAUGCCGUACGUAUGCGUCUUUACCGAUUGUCGAACGCCGCAUCGGCUUUUUGAAAGUCGUCGCGAAUGGAGCGCCCAUUUACAGAGUCAGCAUUCGAUUCCGGACGAGGCGGGUAAAGUGGUCCAAUGUUCUCUUUGCAGUGCAUCUGUUGGUUCCGCUAAACCAUUCGAACGACAUCUCGGUCGGCAUCUGCAAGAGCUCGCGCUUUUUGCUCUGCCAAGAUCUUGUACAGACGAAGAAGAAGAUGAUGAUUCACAUGUAUCGAUUGGGUCAAAAGUCUCGGCAAAAAGCCUAGAACAACUUGACUCGGACGAUGAUAAUGAUGAUGAUGAUGAUGAUGGAGAGACUGCCAUGUUGACAGUAUCCCAGGAUGGCCAAGAGACCCAACCCCCAGGUCCUUCAAACCCGUACCAUGAAAUACUGGAAAAAAUGAGAGGGGGGCAUGAAAGCACCGACACAUCCGACAUUGAUUCCGAUCCCGAGAGGAUACAUAAUACUAGUACUCCUUAUGAAAACCAAAAGUGA